UUGAAGGUCAUGGAUCUCAGUCACUCUCCAUGCCUGGUUGAAUGUCCGGACGUGUCUGGUGCACCAUCUCUGGAGACACUAAAUCUUGAUGGUUGUACAAGUUUGCAUAAGGUGCACCCAUCAAUUGCUAGGCUGAAAAAUCUUAAGACGUUGAAUUUGGGAAACUGCAAAAUGCUUCACUGUUUUCCCAGAAUCACUGGAUUGGAAUCUCUUAAAGUUCUUAACCUUUCUGGCUGCUCAAGACUUGAGAAGUUUCCAGACAUCGAAGCCAAUAUGGAGUCUUUAUUGGAGCUUAAUUUGGAAGCCACUGCUAUCAUUGAACUUCCCUCAUCGGUUGGGUAUCUCCGAGGGCUUGUUUUAUUAAAUAUGAAAAGCUGCAAAAACCUUAAGAUCCUUCCUGGCAGAAUUUGUGCUUUGAAAUCCCUUAAAACUCUUAUCCUUUCUGGCUGUUCAAAACUAGAGAGAUUUCCAGAAAUCACGGAAGUUAUGGAACAUUUAGAAAAGCUUCUUUUAGAUGGAACGUCUAUAAGAGAGCUGCCCCGUUCAAUUCUUCAUCUCAAAGGUCUUGUGUUACUGAAUCUGAGGAAAUGCAAAGACCUCAGGAGUCUUCCAAAUAGCAUUUGUGAUUUGAAAUCUCUUGAAACCCUCAUUGUUUCUAGUUGUUCAAAACUCAACAGAUUGCCAGAGGACCUGGGAAUGUUGCAAUGCUUAAGAAGGCUUCAAGCUGAUGGAACUGCCAUAACAAAACCACCUAUCUCACUUGUUCAUUUGACAAACCUUACAGAGUUAUCAUUUAGUGGAUGCAAAGGAUCAACAUCUAACUUCUGGAUCUCAUCCCUUAUAUACAGGUUACUGCAUAGAAAAAAUUCAGAUGGGAUUGGUUUGCAGUUGCCUUCUUUGUCAGGUCUACACUUCAUAGAAAAUUUAGAUCUAAGUGACUGCAAUUGAAUGGAAGGAACAAUCGAUAACAAGCUUUGCCACUUGGAGCGUCUGGAAGUAUUAAAUCUCAGCAGAAACUAUAUGGUUAGCAUACCUGCAGACAUCAGUAAACUUUCUAAUCUGAAAGUUCUUUUGGUGAGGCAGUGUGAGCAACUUCAAAAAAUUCCGAAGCUUCCACCAAGCAUAAAAUUAUUAGAUGCCUGUGAUUGCACAUCCCUGAUGUCUUUACCGACUCCAUCUCGGAUAAUAAGCCCACAACACUGGUUGGUUUCCACUUGGCUUCGUCCUGUGGAAUUCAUGCUAUGGAAUUGCUCCGGACUAUAUCAGGAUCAUGUGGCAAUGGCAUUAGAGAAACUUCAUCAGAAACUUUUUCCAGAAAUAGGAUACAGUAUUUUGAUUCCUGGAAGUAGGAUUCCAAAGUGGGCCUGGCAUGAGAAUAUGGGAGCUUCAGUUUCAGCAACCCUGCCUCCAGAUUGGCUUGACGAUAACUUAUUGGGGAUUGCUCUAUGUGGCGUGUUUGCACUUGAGGCGGGCGAAACUAUUCAGCGGCCUGGUGGGAUUUGCUGUAAUUUUGAAUGCAGGGAAGGACCUUAUUUUAGUCAUUCCAUCUCUUGGACACACAGUGGAGACAGAGUUGUUGAGACGGACCACGUGUGGAUGGUGUAUCAACCUCGCACUCAAUUUGUGAAAUCAAAGUCUAUCUGUGCCAGGUUCAAGCACAUCAAGGCUUAUUUUAGUCUAUCAGGGGCAUCCCAUGAGGUGAAAAAAUGUGCGAUCCGUCUUAUAUAUGCCCCAAAUACAAGUGGUAACAAAAGAAAAUUCCUCGCAGCCCCAAAUACCGACAUUGAUUUUAGGAAUAUUCAUGUAUUAAAAAAAAAAAAAAAAAGAGGAGUGAAAGAAGAUCAAUAGUUUUGGUCCCUUUAAUUGCCCAUUAUCUUUAACUUCUUAUGGUCUCUCUGAAUUAUAACAAUGUGAAUUAUAACAAAGAGUUAGAAGGAAGAAAUUUUAGUAUUUAUUGUAUUCUACAAUUGAAAGUUGUGGAUUAAUUCUUUUAAGAGAACUUUGAUUCAAAGAAUUAGAAGAAAAUUUUA